GCACAGGUCUUACAAUGCCAAAAAAAUAAAUCAAUUUUCUAUAUUAUUAAUAACUAGUUUCUAUGUUUUUUUUUGUUGAUUCAAUUCCAUUUUCCUUGUUAUUGAUUUAAUUCUAUUUUAUUUUCAUGAUCAUGGUAAAGGAAUUGAAAAUGGGGAGGAAAGGAAGUUGGUUUUCUUCUGUUAAGAAAAUUUUCAUAUCUGAUUCCAAGAAAGAUCAGAAACCUCAUCAGAAUCUUAAGUCAAAGUUAACAUGUUUUGGACAUCCUCAUGAACAUUUCGAGGAUCCUGAAUUAGAAUCUAGAGAAGUUGUUUAUGUUCCAUCUCUUCCUAGAAGAAAAACUGUUGUCAAACCGAAAAACACCGAGGCAGAAGAUGAACGCAAAAAACAAGCUUUAUCCUUAGUUUUAGCCACGGCCGUUGCUACAGGCGCGGCCGUGGCUGCUGCUCAGGCCACUCGUCGCGCAUCUCUUCCUCUUCCUCCUUGUUAUAUUGGAAAAACAGCUCAAGAGAUAGCAGCUAUGAAAAUUCAAUUCGCCUUUCGUGGAUAUUUGGCGAGGAGGACUUUGCGCGGAUUGAGAGGCUUGGCGAGGUUGAAAGCAUUGGUGAAAGGCCAAUCUGUUCAACGACAGGCGGCUACUACAUUGCAAUGUAUGCAAACGCUUUCGCGGUUGCAGUCUCAGGUCAGUGCGAGGAAGGUCAGAAUGUCGGAGGAGAAUCAAUCUUUCCAACGCCAGUUGCAACAGAAGCGCGAAAAGGAACUUGAUAAGUUACACGCUGCGCCUAUUGAAGAAUGGGAUUAUAGUUCGAAAUCGAAGGAGCAAAUCCAAGCGAGAUUGAUGCAUAGACAAAUCGCGGCCAUGAGAAGAGAAAAGGCUUUGGCCUACUCGUCAACACAUCAACAAACAUGGAGGAACGCUCCGAAAGAAUCGGUUGAGGCGACGAUUAUGGAUCCAAAUAAUCCUCAUUGGGGGUGGAAUUGGCUUGACAGAUGGAUGGAUUCAAGGCCAUGGGAAGGACAAAACACAAAGGAUGAAAAGAAUCAUAAAUCAGCAAAAGGUGCUGCAAAUCACACUAUGUCAGUUGGAGAAAUCUCUAAAUUGUAUGCUCUAAGAGAUCAAAAUCAAGAUAGUAAAAACUCUCCUACAAGCCAAAAACCAAGUCAUCAAACUCUAGCUUCAAGGAGCGUACUUUCAGCACCUGUUAAAGGAAAAGCAAAAACAUCAACCACUGGUUCUUGGGGUGGUGAUGGUGAUUCAAAGUCCGUGUUCAACAAGAAUCCCGAAACUAAUCGAAGACAUAGCAUUGCGAUAUCUCCGGAGAAAGAAGAUGUAAGCUCACCUGCAAAGGUUGCAAAGACUAAAAGCAAAGUGCAAAGUACUCCUGCUAAGAAGCAGCUUUCUUUCCCAGCUUCUGGUACAAGAAGGCAUUCUGUUCCAAGUAAAAUAGGAAUGAGUUCUAAUAAGAAUGGUGUGGCUACUACUAUUCCUGAAGGGAAAGUGAAAGUGAGAAAUGGAGGGACCAGGUAGAUAUCAACAUUGGAUCAUAAUUUAAGUUCCAUAGAAUAGAACAACAUUAUAUACGGAUGAAUAAGAAUCAAUGAAAUGUCCAUAGUUAUAUAUAUCAACUCAUUCUUCAUAUAUAAGCAAUAUUGUUGAUACCUUUUAUUCAUACAAUUGUAUUUAUGAUGAAACACCAAAAAGUU